AUGUUUAUAGUUAACACUAUCUCACUAAUUGUGCCAAUCCUACUAGCCGUAGCUUUUCUAACAUUAGUAGAACGAAAAGUACUAGGAUAUAUACAACUUCGCAAAGGCCCAAACAUUGUAGGACCUUACGGCCUCCUACAACCAAUUGCAGAUGCUGUAAAACUCUUUACAAAAGAACCCCUACGACCACUAACAUCAUCCAUCACCAUAUUUGUUAUAGCUCCCAUCCUAGCCCUAACACUAGCCCUAACAAUAUGAAUCCCACUACCCAUGCCCUACCCACUCAUUAAUAUAAACCUAGGAAUUUUAUUUAUAUUAGCAAUAUCAAGCCUAGCCGUUUACUCUAUCCUGUGGUCAGGAUGGGCCUCAAACUCAAAAUACGCUUUAAUCGGAGCUCUACGAGCUGUAGCCCAAACAAUCUCAUAUGAAGUCACACUAGCCAUCAUCCUACUAUCAGUAUUACUAAUAAACGGCUCCUUUACCUUAUCCACAUUAAUUAUCACACAAGAACAUCUAUGACUAGUCUUCCCCGCAUGACCCCUAGCCAUAAUAUGAUUUAUCUCAACCCUAGCAGAAACCAACCGCGCCCCAUUUGACCUAACAGAAGGAGAAUCAGAAUUAGUCUCAGGCUUCAACGUUGAAUAUGCAGCAGGACCAUUUGCCCUGUUCUUCCUAGCCGAAUACGCAAAUAUCAUUAUAAUAAACAUCCUCACAACCAUCUUAUUUUUCGGCGCAUUCCACACCCCCUACCUGCCAGAAUUAUAUUCCAUCAACUUCACCAUAAAAGCACUCCUGCUAACAAUCUCCUUCCUAUGAAUUCGAGCAUCCUACCCACGAUUCCGCUACGACCAACUCAUACAUUUAUUAUGAAAAAAUUUUCUCCCACUAACACUAGCCCUAUGCAUAUGACACAUGGCCCUUCCCAUUAUAACAGCGAGCAUUCCACCCCAAACAU